GAGGCGAUUCUUCUGGGUUAUUGGCCGAGUACAUUCGGAUUAAAGACGAAGAUUGCUCUAGAAGAGAAACACAUUAAAUUCGACUUCAGAGAACAAGAUCUGUUUAGUAAAAGCGUCUAGCUCCUGGAGAUGAACCCAGUUCAUAAGAAAUUACCGGUUCUCAUCCACAAUGGCAAACCAGUCUGUGAAUCUCUUAUCCAGGAUGAGGACAUCGACGAGACUUGGCCAGGUGCCUGGCUGGUGGGGUUGAUGUGGGGAGCAAAAGGCGAGGAGCCAGAGGUGGGGAAGGAGUUCAUGGAGAUGCUCAAGACAGUAGAGUCGGAACUUGGAGACAAGACUUACUUCGGAGGCGAAAUAUUCGGUUAUGUGGACAUAGCUCUGAUUGGAUACUACUGCUGGUUGGACGCAUUUGAUAAGUAUGGGAAUUUUAGCAUCGAAGCAGAGUGUCCUAAAAUUAUUGCUUGGUCUAAAAGGUGUAUUAAGAGAGACAGCGCUAAGUCUCUUCAUGAUUCAGAGAAGGUCACUGAGCUCGUUCCUGAGCUAUGGAAAAAAAUGGGUAUCGAGUAGAUCUCUAGUAAAAUAUAAUUUUGUUCUGUUGUUUUUUUGCCAGUUUUUUUUUUUGUUCCAGCUUUGUUUGAAGUCAUUAUAAUAAUACAAGCAUCCUCCAGUGGUUUCAUUAUGAGAAAUGCUUGUUGAUGUAGUGAGAGCAGAUAAUUAAAAUGCAGAAAGUAAAAGACACAAGUUUCUCUUUUCGAAUUCACUAGAACAAGAAAAUUUUACACCAAUCUUUUCUAUUACAAGAAUCCUUUAGGAUUAGCCCAAUCCUAAGCUAAAACUCACCCUAGAGUCUAGACUUCUGUUUAUCAGGA